AUGAUAUCAGAGAAUGAGAGUACGAGAGUAUUGCUAGUGAUUGUUUAGAAUCCUUAAUCAAUAAUACUUCCACAUUCUUUGUUCUAUAGGUACUUUUCAAAUUUUGGGGAGGUGAACAAAAUUUUAAUAUUUGAGAAGGGCAAACAAUGGAAAUGUUUUAUAGAGAUGGCAACUUUAUAAUAGGCAAGGUUUUCUUAAUAAUAAUUAAAUGGAUGUUAAUUGUAUGAUUAAACAAUAAUGAAUGUUUAUUAUUCAACUUUACAGAAUGUAACAUUUCUCAAUAACAAUUCAGGAGGCGUAGAUUAUAGAGCGAUGAAAUAGAGGAAUUCCACAAAAUCCAUGAAUAUUUAUGAUCAAGAAUAUCAUCCAAAAAUAUACAGUCAACCUGUUAUAUGGCAACAAUAAUCAGAUAUCACUUUGAGUAUUGCUAGCUUUGGAAAUGAAAGAACAAGAGCUAGUUUUAAUGAUAAAUAGGAUCUCUAGGAACAGAAAAAUGAAUGGGAGCCCUCAAAAAUAUAAACUUCGCUGGAAUUUAUUGAUGAUGGAGAUUCAUGUAAAAAAUCUUCAUCUUUUAAAUCCAUUUAAUUUGAUGAUUGUGAACAUGAUCCUGUAGAUGAAGAUAUAAUGCUUGCAUUCUCCUCUGAAAAAAAUACAUAUCUUAAUUCCUACAUGUUUUCAAUCCCUGAAGUUGAAGAUAAAUCAAAAAGUAAAGACAUAGAUCCAUAUACUUAUGUAUCACCUUAAUUUCUUAGAGAAAAUCAACCAUCCAAAGUAGUUUAUAUGAGAGGUCUCAUUAAUUAAAAUAUUACACCAUUAAACAUUUUUAAUUUAUUGUCAAACUUUGGAAAUGUUUUAGUCAUAAUCUAUAUUAAACAUAAGACAUCAGCAUUGGGUUCAAUUUGA